UCUAGCGGAAACGGAAAUCAGCAGCUAAUUAGAAAGGCUCAAAAAGAGAAAAAAAAAGAGAAAUGAACAAGGAGUUCAUCACGCAGGGCGGCACGCCCAUUACCGCAGAACUGGCCACGGAUCUGCGCAAUCUGGUUUUCGGUACGGCCGCCAUUCCAAUGCGCGCCGAAUGGCUGCAGACGUCCUUUGUGUUUGGCGCCCAGAAGGAGGAGUUGGCCUACGGUCUCCGUUCCCCACGGAAUGCCACUCGUGGUCUGUUGUCCGUCGUCCAGGGAUUCGUACUGAAGUAUCUGCUCUUCGCCCGGAAGACCAGUCGCGUCGCUUCGCUAACCGAUCCACUCCUGGCCAACGCUGAGAUGCAGCGAGAGGCCCUCUUCUGCGCCCUCCUGGAGAUCCUGCGCACCAUCUCGGACAAGGGCAAGGUCACCAUGGUGCUGCCCUCGGAGGACGAGGUGUUCGUCGACCACAGCGCCUGCUACUUCCACGACUCCGUCACCGAGAAGCUUUAUCUGUUUACACUAUCACCCAACGAGGAGUUGGAAUACUUUAUGAAGCGAAACUUCAAAUACUUUACAGAAGAGGAGACACCGGGAACUCUGCUGUUUCUUUAUAGCGCCGUCCUCACGAGAUCCAUGGGAAAAGUUCGCACUGACAUCGAUUCAGCGAAAUCCGCACCAUUGACGUCGAGCAACCACGAGGAGGGAUCUCUGAUGAUUGUCACCCUUUUGCUGACGGGCAGAGCCACGCCCUAUAUACACAACGGAGUUGUAAAUGUGGGCGACGAGAGUAGCUAUGCAGUGCCACAGUAUGGAGUCCUGAAACGUUGCAUGAUCGGUCUUUUGCUCUGGGACAUUGAAUCGGCUAGUGCUGCUGUUAAUCAGUCCCGCCAGCCGGGCUCCCGUCUGAAGACGCCGAACUACCCGAUCUGGAUAACCAGCUGCACGGGCCACUACGGCGUGAUCUUCAACAAGAACCCGGACCUGCUGCGCAACUACCACGCGGAGUCGCGAUUCGAUGUGAACUACUACAGCUGCUCCGGCCACCAGAUCCUGAUGACCAUCGACAAUCGCACGUACAACGAGCAGGCAUUGGUCAUGUUGGAGCGGCAACCAAUCACGCCGGAGAGUGCCUCGAUGUCCGGAAAGGAGGAGGGGGGCGGUGGCGCGACGUCGCCAACGGCCGUUUCCGGAGGCGGAGGCGCUGCUGCCGGCGGCGGUUCGGGUGGCGCUAGCGGCGGUGUUGGUGGUGCUGCUAGUGGCGCUAGCGGUGGUAACGAUGUGGUCGCCAAGGAGGAGUCGACGCUCAACACCCCGUUGCAGCGUCUGAUUCGUACCAAGUGGGAAGAGGCAACUAUAAGCUUUCACGUGCAGCCAUCGAUGUUGAGUUAUCUUUUUAGUACCACGCAGUAGAAUGCAGGAUCCAAAGGCUAUAUACUAUCAGCUACAAAGCUAUAGGAGCUCCUUUGCUAAAGUCAGAUAAAAUAUUUAAAGAUAAAAGAUUAGUUUUUGGGUUGGUUCAAGCUUAAUCGUAGUUACAUAAAUAUUUUAUAAAGAAGGAAUUGAGUUAAAUUUUGAAAAGUGUUGAUAAGCUUUUUAUUGCAAAACUAAAUAAGUUUAAAUAAUAUUUUUGUAUAACAUUUUUGUUAUAAAUUUGUAGGAAAGUUAAUUUAAAGGAUCUCAUACCCAAAAUUAUUACUUUAAUUUUAUUUAACUUCAUCGCUAUUCAUUUAAGCAUGUAGGCUUGUUAUGUUGUCUCUUAAUCUAUGAUAUAAAUCGACUUUCUUGGCGAAUGACCAAUGCACCAAAGAAUAUAAACAACUAUCUAUAUAGACUGUUUCUAUUCGCAAAUCAAACAAGUAAGUUUCAAUUCCAAGUAGUAUAAAAUAUUGUAGGCACUGAAAAUGAGCAGAAAAAGUUUUCUCUAAAUAUUCCUAAAUCACAAAACUUCUAGAGUUCUCAAUACAUAUUUUUCCAGAUUACUUCUAUUAUAAGAAAAAGGUAUCCGAAUGGAGUUUUCGAUUAACUCAAAAAAAUGAUAUUAUGUAGAUUAACAUACUUACCAGAUUAGUGCCAUAUAAUGUAAGCUUAAUAGAUGAUGCACGAGACUAUAAAUUAGCUAGCACUAAAUGAAGUAGAAUUCUACUGUUGCUGUCCAUCCGAUGGAAAAUCCGUAUUGGUAUUUUAAAAAGAUAUGAUUGGUUGAAAAUCCAAAGUCGAACCAAAGCAGCGAUGGUAAAUACACGUAAAAUAUUCCAAGUAACUGAUCGAAUGCGAACGAGCUAAGGCAGAUUUAUGAAAAGCGGGGAGAAUCCUUGGCAAAUCUUCAAAAAUCUGCCUGAUUGAGGCCUCUCUUUACGGGAAGAGCGACUGCAGGACUCUAAACCAGUUGAUUGAUGCUGCCGCCUGAAGCCACUAGACGAUAUAUAUUAUAUUAUCACAUUCUGUGUAGAUCACCAACAUGCUUCGAUUACUUCAAUCGCAC